AUUCCUCCGUGGUCCCAUCCCCCCCCCACAGCCCCAUUUUCCAUCUCUUUCCAGGAAGGGCUGACCACUGGGAAUUAGGAGGCAGCAACAGCAGCGUGGAACCCCACAAACUCCCUCUGUGGUCCCCAGAACCCAAUGCCUGCUGUGCUGCCUCCUGCUGAGCCCCCACUGCCCCCCACCCUCACCUGAGCCCUGGCACUGUGCCGCAGCCCUGCCCAGCCUGCAUCACCUCGCCCCGCUCACGGGGCCCACUGCAAGGCAGAACUCACACUGUGCCAUGGAUUCCAUGUUCGAGGACGACAUCAGCAUCCUGACACCAGAGGCUUUGGGGCCGGAUGAAGACUGGCUGGACAGCCCCAACACCGACCUCUCGGGGGAGAUGUGCUCCGCGUCCCAUUUCGCCCUCAUCACCGCAUACGAUGACAUCAAGAACCGCCUGAGCGGGCUGGAGAGGGAGAACUCCACGCUCAAACGGCGCCUGAAGAUGUAUGAGGUCAAGUGCCCGCUGCUCGGUGAGUUCGGUGAGGAGCACAUCUUCUCCAUCUAUGAGGCCAAGGAGACGUCGCUGCUCAAGAGUGAGAAGGCAUCGCUGCAGCAGCAGCUCAACCAGUUCCAGCACGAGCUGGAGAAGAGCAAGGAGCGCGAGGAGCAGCUGGAUGAGAUGAUCCAGGCUUACGAGAAGCUGUGUGUGGAGAAGGCAGACCUGGAGUCAGAGCUGGGUGAAAUGGUGGGCAUCGUGGGGAUGGCAUCGUGGGGAUGGCAUCAUGGGGAUGGCACUGUGGGGAUGGCAUUGUAGGGAUGGCAUCGUGGGGAUGGCAUCGUGGGGAUGGCAUUGUAGGGAUGGCAUUGUAGGGAUGGCACUGUGGGGAUGGCAUUGUAGGGAUGGCAUUGUA